AUGCGCAACAAGCGCAUCGGCGGCACUUUGCCACUGGGUGGCAAAUUCAAUGAUCCUCAUUCCUCAUCUCGUAAGCGCCAGCGUCCAAACCUUGAUGAUGUUCAGACGUUGCACCGGCCCGUUCCAGGGCCUUGUCGCCCGUGCUACAUGACUAGCAACAGUGGUUCACAAGUCUCCGGGGCCAGCUAUCCAAGCGCUGGCUUGACAGGUUUGCAGUGUGAGAGCCUCGGGUACGCCGGGUAUACCCGGUAUAUACCCGCCCAUACCCAGUUGCCCCUAGCUGAGACCCGUAUCCGCACCUACCCCGAAGUCGCCCCGGAUCUCGGACCCGCAUCCGUACUCUUGAAAGGUUACGGGUAUUUUUGGGGUAUUAUCCGGUGUAUCCGUACCCAUGCUUGGUGCUAA